AUGUUUGGGGAAGUUGAGACAGAAAAUGAGCUGGGAUGGUCGUGCCACAAUAAAGUGGCUAUGAUUCAAACAUUACGAGCUGGUAAAUGUGAAUCAGUUAAACAAAUUCUCCAUAUACCAACAACGUCCGCAAAAUAUCUGUCACCAUUGGAUAAUCCACUGUGGCACUCAAUUAAACAAUUUAUUCGAAAUCGACAUCCAUUAACUGUAACUGAUAUACCCUUACUACUUUCAGAAGCUUUCUAUUCGUUAUCUAAGGAAGAAAUUAAAAUGCUUAACGAAAGUGUGGCUUGA